AUGGAUCUUAUUAAUAAAGGAGUUCAACUUAUCCGUCGAUCAACACUCACUAAAAAACAUCAACGCUCAGAGAGUCAAGGAUCGAACAAAGCAUCUGCAUCCUCACCGCCAUCACCCACCAUGUCAAAGACACCCAGUAUAACUAGCAGCAUUACAAGUGAUGAAGGCAGCUGCUACUCGGGCGGCUUCAACAACAUUCAGACACCAGGCAGAAAUUCAGCUUCGAAUUCACCUCACAUGCCAGCAUCCAUCACAAUCACUCCAAUGAUCAGCUCACCACCUCAAUCACCUGUAAAUAACAAAAACAACUUCAAAGAUUCUAUACCCAUCAUUCCAAGCAAUAAAAACUAUCAAGAAGAGUCCACCGUUCACCUCAUCCCAUCAACCACAACACAGAGCGCAGUGCCAGAAUACUUGUCCACAUCACCUACCCGUGCAUCUCCAUUAUCUCCACUCCCCCAACCAGGAGAAGCUGCUGACGGUUAUUUUAGUAUUCAGCCAUCCACUUCGUCUGAAUCCACUUCAAUGCCAGAUAAUAAUUCGCUGUCGCCUUUGGGCAAGACAUCCACUAUCACUGCCACUAGUACCGAUCGGAUGAACCCUUGUAGCGAGGCAGCCAACUCCGUCUCAAAUGCUCCUCGCUCUCCAAUGAAGUCUCACUUCUCUCCCAGACCUAAACAUGUUACUCGCAUCAGCACACACGCAGUUCCUCGAGCAAGAGCUCCCAAUAACAGCAAGCAACGCCGCCAAAAGCAUCGUAAAUUAAGAUUGGAUGAUUUUGUUUUAAAGCGCACAGUGGGUACUGGAUCCUUUGGUCGGGUUCAUUUGGCUCAAAGUAAAGUCAAUGGAAAGCAUUAUGCUAUCAAAGCUCUUGACAAGUAUGAUGUCGUUCGUCUCAAGCAAGUUGAACACAUCAACAAUGAGCCUACUAUCUUGAGAGAAAUUUCACAUCCUUUCCUGGUUACGCUUUGGGAUGCCUUCCAAGAUGACAGCCAUCUCUUCAUGGUGAUGGAUUAUGUCCCUGGUGGCGAGCUUUUCAGUAUCUUGAGAAAACAAAAGAAAUUCUCUGAGCAAACGGCCAAAUUUUAUGCUGCUGAAGUCUUGUUGGCAUUAGCUUACUUGCAUGAAAAUGGCAUUGUCUAUCGAGAUCUUAAGCCUGAAAACAUUCUUAUCGAUGCCCGCGGUCAUGUCAAAUUAACCGAUUUUGGUUUUGCUAAACGUGUGGAUGACAUGACUUGGACUGUAUGUGGCACCCCCGAUUACUUGGCUCCAGAAAUCAUCCUCUCUAAAGGCUACACCAAGGCUGUCGAUUGGUGGGGCUUGGGCGUGUUGAUCUUUGAAAUGGUUGUUGGUCGUGCCCCUUUCAUUGAUAAGAACCCAGUGAAUCUCUACCAAAAGAUUUUGGAAUGCCGUGUCGACUGGCCCGAAGAUAUGAGUGCCGACCUCAAGGAUCUGUUACAGAACCUACUCACUGCCGACAUUGAAGGCCGCUACACCAGCCAAGAGAUUAAAGAACAUGCCUGGUUUGCCGAUUUGAACUUUGAUCAAGUCUUGAAGCGCAAGGUGAAGCCCCCAUACAUCCCCAAGGUCAAGGACGAUGGUGAUACCACUUGCUUUGCUAAAUACAAGGAGCCUGUUCAUCUUUAUGGCAACAUUAAGGGGGACCCUUUUAGAUCAAAAUUUCCUGCUUUUUAG